GGUCUAAUUUACUGCAUUUCAACCGAGAUAUCCGGAGUUGGAAAUUUCGACCAGUCUCAAAAUGCCCAUUGAGUGGGAUGUAUGCUCUCCCUCUUUUCGUACGUCAGUACAAGGUUUGAUAUAUCAUGGGUGCCUACAAGUAUCUCGAGGAGCUUUACAGAAAGAAGCAGUCGGAUGUGUUCCGUUUCUUGCUCCGUGUCCGCUGCUGGGAAUUCCGUCAGUUGAACGUUAUUCACCGUGCCUCGCGUCCUUCGCGCCCUGACAAGGCUCGCCGUCUUGGCUACAAGGCCAAGCAGGGCUAUGUCAUCUACCGUAUCCGCGUCCGUCGUGGUGGCCGCAAGAAACCCGUCCCCAAGGGUGCCACUUACGGUAAGCCCGUCCACGAGGGUGUCAACCAGCUCAAGUACCAGCGCUCGCUCCGUUCCACCGCCGAAGAGCGUAUCGGCCGUCGUUGCGGCAACUUGCGUGUCCUCAACUCGUACUGGAUCAACCAGGACGCUACCUACAAGUACUUUGAGGUCAUUCUUGUCGAUCCCUCGCACAAGGUCAUCCGCCGCGAUCCCCGCAUUAACUGGAUCGUCAACCCCGUUCACAAGCGCCGUGAAGCCCGUGGUCUUACCGCCAUUGGCAAGAAGAGCCGUGGCAAGAACAAGGGUCACCGUUUCACCAAGACAAGUGGCAGUGGUCGCCGUGCUACCUGGAAGCGCAACAACACCUUGUCUCUCCGUCGUUACCGUUAAA